AUGUCAGAUGAGGACUUCGAGGCCCUCAAAGCCGCAAUCGACGACGCUGAUGAAUGGAGGGUCCGCUAUCUACUCAAAUCUAUCUGCGGGGAUAUUCCUGAAGCCCGCAAGAGAGCCGGUUGGAGUUUGCUCGUCGACAGCAGGAAGAAGCGCGAAAUUGGCAUGUCCGAUAUCGAUACAGAUGCAUCGUCGCUGACCUCUGAUGCCACUACGGAACCUGAAGUCUCUGAAUCUGAAGUCGAAUCUGAGCCGGUUGCGUCUGAAGAGGACGCGGACUCAGAUAACAACUCCGAGGAAAGCUCCCCGGCCGUUCGCGAUGACGCUUCUGAAUGUUCCGAAUGUUGCCUGCAAACCCGUCUGGUACCGCAGCGAGGAUUGCCUCGAAUUAUCGGAAAGGUAGUGCCUGCAGCGCCAGCCCGAUCUCGCGAGAUGCAGCUGAUGCUUUCAGUCGCCGCUGCACGCGUCGCUUCACGCGCCGCUCCUCGACCUGUGUCGAUACCUGCGCAAGCGCCCGCCGGGCUUCAGCCAUACACGCAGACACCAGAACCAGCACCAGAGAAAGCACCAGAGCCGGAGCCAAAGCCAGAGCCAGAGCCAGCGCAAAAGCCUCUCAAGAGGAAAAUCGCUCGCUAUGCAUAUUGCAUGAAUUGCAAGGAUGAGUUCGACGUCACGGAGAACAAGAGCUAUGCGUGCAAGUACCACCCUGGUAGGUCUAAGCCAUCCAAUCUCCCUGUUGGCUCAAUCGGAGUGCUGAGGUUGAUUCUAGACGACGAGCCCGAGCCCACGGGUGACGAGAUCUGGGUCGACAAUGAUUUCGGCGUCGAUGACACGGACGAGUGGGUUCUGGGGUAUGAAGAGUGCUGGGAGUUUACAUGCUGUGGAGAGACGCUGGAGAGUAACCCUGACGGGUGCGAGACCGGGUGGCAUGUUGAGGGGCGGCCUGAGCGGAAGGCCAAGAGGGUGAGGACGUGGGAUUACCAGCCUAGUAUAUGA